GAGACUCUUCGGGCUGGCUGGGCGCUGCUUGGGGACCCGCCUUCUCCCGGAGAGAACAAAACAACCCUCUUCUCCGCGAAUUUCUGUGCCACGCCAGCUCGGGUGCCAGAAACAGGACGUCGGAGCGACCAACGCCAGCUUAACCAGGAUGCCAAACUGGGGUGGAGGCAAGAAGUGUGGCGUAUGCCAGAAAACAGUGUAUUUUGCAGAGGAGGUACAAUGUGAAGGCAACAGUUUCCACAAAUCCUGUUUUUUGUGCAUGGUUUGCAAGAAGAAUCUGGAUAGCACUACAGUGGCUGUGCAUGGAGAAGAGAUCUACUGCAAGUCAUGCUAUGGGAAGAAAUAUGGACCAAAAGGCUAUGGAUAUGGACAAGGAGCUGGGACUUUAAGCAUGGACAAGGGUGAAGCAUUGGGGAUCAAAUCUGAAGAAUCUCAUCCCCACUACCCAACCAACAAUCCUAAUGCAUCCAGGAUUGCCCAAAAGGUGGGUGGUGCUGAUGGCUGCCCUCGCUGUGGACAAGCUGUCUAUGCUGCUGAGAAGGUGGUUGGAGCUGGAAAGUCAUGGCACAAGGCCUGCUUCCGAUGUGCAAAAUGUGGCAAAGGCCUGGAGUCUACAACUUUGGCUGAUAAAGAUGGAGAAAUCUAUUGCAAGGGUUGCUAUGCCAAGAACUUUGGACCUAAAGGCUUUGGCUUUGGCCAGGGAGCAGGGGCACUUGUCCAUUCUCAGUGAAGAACUAGAUCCCAGCAGCUUUGAAGCAUCCUUUCCAGCACUGAAUGCUUCGCCACAGCUGAGUUUAUCCAAUCCAAUCCUUAGCAAGAAUAAGGCUAUCUUGCUAGUUUGUAUGUAUUAGUAAUACAGUAACAAUCUGCUACUCCUUUUUGCUAGAUGGGAAGUCUUUCAAAGGGCCUUAUUCCACAGGUCCUUUGAAGCCAUACAGUAGCCUCAAACUCACCAUGGCUCAUAUUAGAAUAAUGGCCUCCUUUAACAUACAUCCAUGCAUUCAGUCUUCACUGACGUUUCAGAUGGCUACAGAGCACAUAGCUGCUUUUGAAUAACAAAUACUGCAACAGUUGUCUUUCAAAAUCUUUUCUCAACCUGGGCCAGCAUAAAUAAUUUUUAUUAGAAUAUAUUUUAUGAUACUAAGUUACACAUUAACAGUCUCAUAAAUAAGUACUGUGGAAAGUAUCAGUGAUCAUUAUGUGCUAGGAUGCAAAGCUGCGAAUUAAGAAAUGCCCAAGUAAAGCACAUUCUUCAAAUUUUAGAGAAAAUAUAAAUAAAAAACACCUUAGCUCUCAAGCUGAAGUAAAUACUGCAUUUUCAACAAAAAAAUAUGUAUUAAUCAGUGGCCGCUAAUUAAGAUGCUUUUGUACAUUGGUUUGGUAGAAUUCAGUUUGAUUUUCAAAAUUUCAAAGACCAAAUUUCCAAUUUUUGAAGAUCAGUAUGGAUCUGGGUUUUUUUAACAUUCCUAAAAUGUUUGACUUUAGAGACAAUCAGAAUCCACCAUUUUUCCGGAUUCCAUUUUUUAGAAAACUGGGACUAUUAAUAUCCAUUUUGUUGCUGCUUCAUUUUUGCAUUUUUCCACUUAGCUGAAUAAUUACUGAAUUCACAUAUUGUACUAAGUUAAAAUGUGAUUUGGUUGAAUUUGGCUUUGUAUGAUGUAUGAACCCAACCAUUAUAAUUUAGAAAACAUGGUUUGUAGCGUAGUGUGAUGUUUAAACCAAGCAAAACAGCUUCUUCACUUAAAAACAAAUCAUACCUUAGAUUCAGUGCCUUAGAAUGAUAUGUGAAUCCCUAUUGGUAAAAUUAAAAAAAGAUUAAGAUGGAUUGGAAUUCCUUUUUUAAACUAUGAAAAGUAAGAAUUGUAGAUAUCUUCAUCUUUGGACCAGAGUUGACAGUUCUAGUUCCUCCUUUUGUUAAACAUAGAAGACUCCUGCUUUCACAGUCUUAAGUUUCACUGUUUUUUUAGUUUCUUAAACUGAAAAACCUAGUUCAUGGACCCAUAUCAUGCUAAAUAGUUUUAGUAUGAGCCUAAUGCACAUAUUUUUCAUUUAUAAUGCAGCCUAUUUAAUGAUUUAAUCCCCGUUCAGUACUUAAUAUGGGGUUAAAUUAAAAUGCAGUAAUUCUGUAGACACAACAAAGAAACUAUACCAGUGCUUUAAAAAUAAUUUAGAAAAGAAACUUCAAAGUGCAUGUACAAUAGUCGUAAUUACUGCAAUAGUAGUAAUUACAAUUGUCCAAAUAUGACUUUCCCAAGAUUUUUCUAUGGUGGCAGGGACAACCAUAUGAUCCUGAGAAAAUAUAUGGUUACUUUAAAAUGCACUAAACAGGUCCUACCUUCAUGCAUCCCUGUGCUUUGAAGUUUCCUUUUGAAAUGGAAUCCAGAGUGUGGCAUAUUCUUAUUACAAACAUAAACUAUGUUCAGAGAAAUUUCUCUGCCUUUAAUAAAGCAGUCAAAAUGAA